CUCAGUCAGUGACACGCCAUCUGGGAUAGCCUCUGUAGCGCUCAAAGGCACAUAUACACACACACACACACACACACAUACACACACUCGCCCACUCUCACUGACUUACGCACUCAUAUUUUCUCUUUCUGGUUUUUCCUCUCCUGUGCUUUUUGGGCUGACAGUGGAGAAUGACGGCAGUUUCAGCAGCUGUCAUGAGAUGCAGCUCACCAGUUAAAUGGUGAAACCAUACACAGGCACACACACACACACACACACACACCCACAAACAAACGCAUAUGCACACAUACAGAGAUACAUAGGUACCCACACAUUCUGCCACGCACUUGAGGAAUGAAUUGAGGAGGGAUAGCUGGCGGCAACACAGAGACAUCUCUCCUGCGGAGCUGGAUGCUCUUUGGAGGGAACCACCGUAUACUCUUGGGGGAACAAAUGAACACUUCUCAGGAAAUGACAUCAUGACUCAAGGCGCAGGUGAGGAGGAGGACGGUCCAGUGGUGGAAUCAGGUGAAGGUGGGGUGGAGCCUGACAGCUACUGGAAGAGGAAGGAAGCGUUCUUCAGAGGAAGCACAGUGUCACUGGGAGAGAAAUUCUCCUCAGAAAUUGUGCUGUUAUUCACUGGGCGGAGGCGCUCCAGUGUGGAUCCUGACCGAACCCUGCAAGAGGCACUGCGCACACGACUGCGAGUAGUGGAGAGCAACAGCCAGGACGUCAUCCAGCUCUUUAAAGACUUGUCUGCACGUCUGGUGUCUGUCCACGCUGAGAAGGAUAGCUUUGUACUCACAUUCAAGACUGUGGAGGAAAUCUGGAAGUUUUCAACUUACUUAGCAUUGGGCUAUGUGGCUCGCUGCUUGGAGAACUUCCUGUGUGAUCAGUCAGUCUGGCUGGACCCAGAGCUGCUCACUGAUUUGGAGAUCAAUGUGAGUGUGGAUGAGGAACAUCUGGCCACCCUCUACCUGGGACUUCUACUCCAGGAAGGAUCCUUCUUUGCAAAGGCGCUAUUUACAAGUGAGCACAAUGAGGACGAGGAGGAACAUCUGUCAUUCAAAAAGAACGACUUGCUGAUGGUGAAGGACACGGGGCAGGACAACAUGUGGGAGGGCACCAUGCUGUCCACAGGAAAACACGGCCUGGUGCCAGUCAAUGCCAUGCAGCCACUGCCCUACCCCUUCUAUCAGUGGUUCCUGAGGAAGUACCCCGGCAGUACUGGAUGCGCAGCAACAGAAAAGGAACCAUUUGAACAUCCAAUUGUCACGGGUUCCUGUGUAGCAGUGGUUGACUACAGUCCAAUGGGGCCAGAUGAGCUCCAGCUGAGCCAAGGUGACAUUGUGGAGAUCCAGGGUCUGCUAGUCCGAGGCCUGGGCGUGUUCAUAGGAACACACACAUCCACAGGACACACCGGUUUUAUACACAAGGCCCACGUCAAACCUCUGGACGCUGUGCCCCUAGACGGACAAUUGGUCUUUCUGACUGAGGAGGAGCGGGCCAGCCUGGCUCAGGUCAACCCAUGUAGUUCUGAGCCAAGUGACGGCAGCCUGCUGGAAAGACUCUUCUCAUCUGAUAUCAGCUCUGUGUACAGGCUAGACAGACUGGAUGAGACUGACUUCAUGUACAUCAGGAAUCGACCAAAACAUGAUCAUAAGGUUUCUUCGAGCACACGUCAGAGUGUCAUGUCAGAGAGGAGUGGAGGGACACCCCCGUACCAGUCCUCCCCACGCGCCUCUCUCUCUCAUUCCUCUCCCCGUCUGUCCCUCUAUCGCUCCCACAAUCCUCUGCCGCGUGAGGGAGAACGCCUGUCCUUCACUCUGGAUGACACAUUCAGAGAGCUGGACGAGUUCCAGGAAGAUCCACCGCUUUUCUUGGAGGAGAACAGCUGGGAGGGGGAGGAGUCCGAGCUCAGUGACCCCACGCUGACCCUGCUCAGCCAUGAACACUUCCAGGAGGACUUCCUGCCCCUGUACGACCUGCAGUAUUCCUUCCUGUGGGUGACCUUCAGUGGGAAGACUGAGGAGGAGCUCUCGGGGCACCUUGAGAGUGUUAGAGAGUGUGCCAAGAGGAUGGGCAUGCACUGGGCACAUCGACGGGCGUGCUUUCUCCUGGGUAGACUCUGUGCUAGGAAGCUAAAGCUCUCCCAGGCGCGGGUGUACUAUGAGGAGGCCCUGAGUGUUAGUGUGAACAGUUUCUCUGACACCCCUCUCCUCAUCGCUCUUUUCACAAACCUCACCGCUGUCUAUUUGAAGCAGCGCAUGACAGACAAACUGCCCCAGACCCUGGAGAAGGCCAGCGCUCUGCUCCUCUGUCUCCCCAGCCAUGCCUUCACCUCCACGGACGAGGUCGAACUGCUGAAGCUGAUCCUGAGGAGGUCGGUGGUGAUGGGGGACAAAAUCCUGGAGGCUCGCGUCUGCUACCUCAUCUCCAGCCUCUUCCUGCUACUAAAGAAGACAGAUGAUGCUCUUCCCUUUGUAGAGCGACUCCAGUUUCUCUCAGUGACGCUCUCUGUUGCCGAGGGGAGACCCAUAGUUCCUUUGGACCUCAGCUGGCUCUUGAGCUGGCUCUAUCAUCGUAAAUACAUGCCUUACUUGGCACUGGCCUCUCUGAGCCUGGACUCAAGACAAGACCACUCCCUCCACGACGCCUUCCAGAGGAUUGAGCUAUUUAUCAGGAACUCUGUUCGCCUGAACCCGUGCUGGAAGGAAGGAACCUCCCUGCUCCCUGCCCAGAUCGUGGUUUACCUUCAGCAAGCCCUGGCUAUAGCUGAGCAAGGGGAGGACAUGAAGACCCAAAGGGACCUAUGUUUGGGAUUGGCCUCGGUGUACCAGCAGUACAAUGCUCUAGACAACGCAGUGCGCUGCGCUCAACAAGCAGUGGAGACGGGCGGUCACAUCAAUGAGGAGGAGGGCUUUGAGGCCUCUGUGCUGCUGGGGUGGCUGCUAGUGUUGACAGGACAGGCUGAGAGGGCCCAGACCGUCCUGCAGCCACUGCUCACGUCACUUCAGGGUACAGACAGUCCCACACAGCGAGGAGUGAUCCACAACCUCCUGGCUUUGUGUCUGAGGCGACAGGGCCGAGUCCCAGAGGCAGGUUGGCAUCUCCACUCAGCCUUGGUGAUCUCCAGGGAGAGUGGUAAUCAGAGGAACCAGGCCCUGGCGCUGGCCAACCUGGGCUGCCUGGCACUGGAUGUGGAGGCAUCUUGGGUAGCAGAACGCUUCCUUGUCAGAUCGCUACAACUUUUUAUGGAACUCUGGGAGAGCCCCACAGACGAGGAGCACGUUCAGACCUACCUUUGGCUGGGGCGGAGCUACAAAGACAGGGGGAGGAGUCAGGAUAUCAGAGCAUGUUACGAAAUGGGUUUACUGAUUGCACUACAUGCCAGAAACUUGCACAGUCAGAUGGUGGUGGCUAAGGUGCUGAGUCGGCUUUAUGCUGACAUGCUGCUUUAUGGUCAGAGUAUAGUCUACUAUGAGCACUGUGUGUCAGUAUCCAGAGAGCUUAAGGACAAGAGACUGGAGGGGGAGUACCUGGAAAUCCUCAGCAGCCUCUACCUCUCACUCAACACUGAGAAAUCAUCUCGGAAGUCUCUGGACUACACCAAGCAGAGCCUGAGGAUUUCUAUUGAUUUGGGAAAGAGAGAGGAAGAGUCAGAGACCUGGCUACAGGUUGGGCGCAUUUAUUACCUCAUCCAGGAGGACGAGCUGGCUGACAUGUACCUGCAGGCAGCAGUGAAGACAGCCCUGAGGAUGAAUGACCCUCACUUUGCCAUGUGCAUCUACGAGGAAGCAGGAGACGUCUACUUUAAAGGUCACAGAAACCGCAUGGCUUCACUGCCUUUCUUCAGGGAUGGCAGUCUGCCAUUUGCACGCAGCAUCAAGGACAUCCACUCAGAGUUUCGUUUGUUGAGUAAAUUGACAGAGCUGUUGAUGAACCAGGGAGAACAGGAGGAGGCUCUGCAGUACGCUACAUUGGCUGUUCAGGUCGCCAGCAAAACAGCUGUGCGUAUGAAUGAGAGGACAGCCUACCACCGGCUGGCUACAGUUUACUACAGCCUGCAGCAGUACGAGAUGGCGGAAAACUACUACCUCAAGUCCCUGUCCCUCUGCCCCCCGGUCCUGCAGCACCCUAGGGAGGCUCGCUACUACGCUAAGGUCUACUGCAGACUGGGAAAUAUCACCUUACACAAACUGAAGGAUGCCUUUGAUGCAGUGGGCUACUUCCAGUUGGCUCUGGCUGCAGCCCUGGAGGACCAGACUAACCCUGAGGCUCUGUACGUGGUGUACAUGAAGCUGGCAGAGAUCCAUGGCAACCACAUGCCCGACGCUCAGCUUUGCCAAGUUUACAGAGACAGAGCCCAGAGUCUGAAGAGAGUCCUGGCUGGUGAGGAAGGCACUGCUGCUGGAGAGGAAAACACUGACUAUGCAGACACAGAGCCUGGCCAAGAAAGGGAGAAGGACUCGGAUGCAGAUAUGGGACAAACAGAAAGUUUGUUGAGGAGAAACGGCAUCUUCGAUUCUAUACCUGAAGAUGAAAAGUAUGAAGAUGACUCAUCUCCAAGAACUUGCAUGACCCAUAUAGACACAGAGGGUAGAUGUAUAGACACUAGUCUUGGAGAUGCUCAUGGGAAAGAAGGUCACAAUCACCAUCUUCCUGAUACAGAUGGCGCCAAUGUGGAUGGGUCUGAGACGGACACCAUCGCUAGCCAGUCAUACAGUGAUAGUAUUUUCACUGAGUCCUUUGAUACAGCGAAGGAGCAGAUCUCAGACUCCAGCAGCUCCACUGACACUUUGCAAACUUACCACAAUCCAAUAGAUGGGGAAGACUUUGACACUGACCACAGCAUGCCCAGUCAAAUACCUGCUAAACACGCAGGUGACAUCACAGGACACGCCGGAGACACUGAUUCUGACAUUCAGGAUGAACAAAACACCCCCACUACAGAAACAGAAGGUCAUGCAGAUCCUAUUGAAAAGGAUGUCAGUCUGGAGGGCAGUCAGCCUGAUACUGACCACGCAGAGACUGUUAUAAAUCCAGAUAAGGCUGUAAGCAUGGACAAGUCUUGUGACUACACAGAUAAAGAUAAAUCUGAAACUGGUGACAACUUGUAGUGAAAACCUAGAUAACGUCUACACAUGGAGGCACUUUAUGUUCUUCACUGACAUUUCCUUUGUCUGGUCACAUGUUUCUUGACUAGCAAACUGACUGCAACGUUCCAGCCACAUGGCACUUACUGUAUUAAAGAUGAUGUCAAUACUGUAAAAUUAUCAGAGAUUUAGUAAAUUCAAAGCAUGUGCCUUUUUGUAUAGGAUAUACUGUGGUUAUUACACUGCAUAGUGCUUGUAAUAUAUGUUUUCUAAAUUUUUGUAUCUCUGGGAGAUAUGACUCAAAAAUAAAGAGAAUGUUAUUUUGUU